AUGGCGAUGUUUCACCGCCAUCAUCACUACUACUUCGCCAUCCUCCUCUCCACCAUCUUCCUCUCACAUCUCCACUCCACCCAAGCCGUCGACUUCUGCGUGGCCGACCUCACCAGCCACACCACAACCGGCUACACGUGCAAGAACCCGGCCACCGUGACCGCCGACGACUUCGUGCUCACCGCCCUGGCUCGCGGGGGCAACACCUCCACCAACAUCAACAAGUUCGCCGCGGUCCCGGGCUUCGUCCAGCAGCUCCCGGGCCUGAACGGGCUGGGCCUGGCGAUCCAGCGGGCCGACAUCGAGCCCGGUGGCGCCAUCCCGCUCCACACCCACCCGGCGGCCUCGGAGAUGAUCUACGUGGUGGAAGGGUCCAUCACCGCCGGGUUCAUCUCCGGGGAGCCGGCCAACGUGGUGUAUGUCAAGAAGCUGAAUAAAGGGGAGGUGAUGGUUUUCCCGCAAGGGCUUUUGCACUUCCAGGCGAACACGGGGAAAGAGCACGCCAUGGGGAUAGCGAGUUACAGCGACUCGGAGCCCGGGGUGCAGUUGGUGAGCGCGGCGCUGUUUGGCAACGAUUUCCCGUCGUUUUUGGUGGAGAAGACGACGAAUAUUGAUGAAGCUGAGGUGAAGAAGCUCAAAGCUCUUCUUGGUGGUUCCGGCUAG